AUUUAAUGCUGGUUGGGUACGAAGGUACUUAGUAAAUAUUAUCAACUCCGAGCUCCACGCCACCAUCCCACUUACUCCUUACAUGUAUUCCGCAACCACUGAAAAAGACCUACGAGCCACGCUCUCUUUCCCCGUAGGAUUAAGGACGAAAUUCCACCGACCUUUAUGGUUUUAUAUCCUUGGGUUUCGCAUCGCCUCCGCCUCUCAUCAUCGGUAUGAGCGGACGGCUGAUAGCAGCGGUCGGGCGUCUCCCGGCGACGCGCCCGGCCAUGGUUCGAGCUAUCCGACAAUACCAUCACCUACCUUCUAGCGGUCUCCUACGAGCUGAUACCGCCGUUCGUGCAACAAGGCGGCGGAUGUUGUUCCCGGUGAAUUCAUUCCAUAAUGCUGUUAUCGUACGCAAUGCGUCUUUUCUUCGUUUCCUACCCCGGCUAGCGGUUAAAUUUAUAAGGAUUCCCGCCAUGGCAGGCGGUGUGAUGAUAGGCGGCCUGGCAUGGGUUCAGUACCAAGCCACACAGGCUGGUAACUACGCUUGGGAUAUAAUUUCUACAACGAGAGAUACGGUCACUGGUACGGCGUCGAGCCUCUUCGAUGGCGCAAAAGGUAUCGCCGAUCAAACAAUGCAAGGCUGGCGAAAUACGAAAGAGCAGGUUGAGCUACCAGAAUGGAUGCAGAAGAUUUUAAAACUUCAAGAAGAGAUAGGAACCGGGAAACAAGGAGACGGACCCGGUGGCGAGGAACCACCGAAGCAGAGUAGGGCCGGUGCUGCGGCUAUAGCUGGUGCUAGUGCUGCUGCCUAUGGUUAUGAACAGUCUACCGACGACGACCCGCGGAAUGGGGAUGAGGCUGCAAAGGAUGACCAGAUGAUGGUAUUGACUAAGAAGAUGAUCGAGAUCCGAAACAUCCUAGCUAGAGUCGGGCAGUCGAGUACUCUCACCUUACCUUCAAUCGUCGUUAUUGGAUCGCAAUCUUCAGGAAAGAGCUCCGUGCUGGAAGCUAUUGUAGGGCAUGAGUUCUUGCCGAAGGGAUCGAAUAUGGUUACUCGAAGACCUAUCGAGCUUACUUUGAUUAACACGCCUGAUUCGAAUGCCGAGUAUGGUGAAUUUCCGGAUCUGGGCUUAGGAAAGAUCUCUGACUUUUCUUCUAUCCAACGAACUUUGACGGAGCUUAACCAAGCUGUUCCAGACAGCCAGUGCGUAUCGGAUGAUCCCAUCCGACUCUCCAUCUCAUCCCCAAACAUCCCGGAUCUCUCGCUUAUUGACCUUCCUGGCUAUAUUCAAGUUGUUGGACAAAACCAGCCGUUAGAGCUCAAACAGAAAAUAUCAGAGCUUUGCGAUAAAUACAUACAGGCACCAAAUGUCAUUUUGGCUAUCUCAGCUGCCGAUGUUGAUUUAGCUAACUCGACAGCCCUGCGAGCUAGCCGAAGAGUCGACCCAAGAGGUGAACGGACAAUAGGUGUUGUUACAAAGAUGGACUUGGUCGAUCCUGCACGGGGUGCCGCAAUUCUGGGCGACCGGCAAUACCCUCUUCGUCUAGGUUAUGUUGGUGUUAUCCCUCGUGUACCAACAGCGACCGGACUAUUUAAGAAGGGUAAUGCCAAUGUUACAUCUGCCAUCACCCGCAACGAAAAUACCUUUUUCUCUUCUCAUCCUUUGGAAUUUGGACCCGGCUCUGAUGUUCAAGUUGGUACUACGACGCUACGCAAGAAGCUUAUGCACGUUUUGGAGCAAACUAUGUCAGCUAGUCUCCAGUCGACAAGCGAUGCGAUACGACAAGAACUUGAAGAGGCUACUUAUGAGUUCAAGGUCCAGUACAACGAUAGGCCACUAUCCGCUGAGUCGUAUCUUGCCGAGAGUCUUGACGCCUUUAAGCAUUCCUUUAAACGAUUCUCUGAGGAGUUCGGCCGAACUCAAAUGCACGAGCUCCUGAAGAACGAACUUGACCAACGAAUGCUGGACUUGUUAGCAGCAAGAUAUUGGAACAAGCCUAUUUAUGAUUUAAGUGUUCCUAUCGCUGAGCCCAAUAGUCUUGCCGAUCUUCCAAAGGCAGACCCGAAUUCACUCUACUGGCGAAGACAACUCGACGCUUCUACUUCGGCACUUACAAAACUCGGUGUUGGUAGGCUCGCCACUAACGUGGUCGCUAGCUCGAUCCAAUCCCAUAUCGAUGCUCUAAUUGCUCAGUCUACUUUUGUAAAUCAUCCAUAUGCGCGCCAGGCGAUUACCGAGGCCGCUUCAAGCAUCUUAAAUGAUAGGUUUUACAGUACUAGCGAUCAAGUAGAGAACUGCAUCAAGCCUUUCAAAUUCGAUAUCGACAUGGAGGAACGUGAGUGGACUACCGGUCGAGACCAUGUACAAGGUGUUCUGAAGAAGGAGUUGGCUGCUUGCGAGAGUGCAAUGAAGGAUCUUGAGGCAACAGUCGGCGGGAGGAGAAAACUGAAGGAAGUUACAACUUUCGUUGACAAAGCUAGGAGAGGCGACGUGUUAGUUGAGGGUGAAAGCCGCAGCGGUGCCGGUGGAUUUAGCGCAGAGCUGCUAGCCAAAGGACAAGAAGCUGCUUUCCUUCGCGACCGCGCUGACAUUAUCAAGAUGCGAAUGCUUGCGGUAAAAUCAAAGCAAUGCGCUAAUAUUAAGAAUAAAUACCAUUGCCCGGAAGUUUUCUUAGAUGCGGUGGCCUCGAAAUUAGCAUCAACAGCUGUUCUUUUCCUUAAUGUUGAGCUGCUUUCGGAGUUUUAUUACAACUUCCCGCGCGAGCUAGACCUGCGUCUUGGACGCCACCUAUCGGAUGAAGAAGUGGAGAAGUUCGCCAAGGAAGACCCCAAGAUCAAGAAGCACCUGGAGGUUAUUAGACGAAAGGAACUUCUUGAACUUGUUUUGGAGAAGAUGGAAAGUUUAAGACAGCUCGAAGGUUUGGAAAGAGAACGAACAAGAGGUGGAAAGAAAGGUAGUGAGAAAGAACGUGGCCGGUGGGGACUCUUCUGAGGUUAGCAAACAAAAUUUCCUCUAACUAGUUAUUUCUGAUGAAUUAUCAUGAUGUAUUGAGAGGAGUUAAAAAGGUUGUUUCAGCGGUCAUUGUGUACCUAGAUAUCACUUUCGAAGUCCCAACUCGACGGUCGGCUCCCCCUGACAGCAUAUUAUGAAGUUACAUAGAUUUUGAUCCCCCCUUUUUUCAAAAGAUAGGAUUUUCACGAUGACUACUAGUCUAAGCAAACUACGUACAGUUACGGGUCUUUGGCAUAUAGCGCCGAGGGAUAAAGCAAUAACGCUAGCUUUUACUAUAUGUAUUAUCAGAAAUACUUGAUACUAAACUAAGAUG